ACGAUAUCUCAGAUUCCAGUUUCCAGCUUUCGGCUCUUUCCAACAGAUGAAUCCCCUACAGUCGUCUCUCACGAGCACCUCUCUUUCGUGAUUGCGCUCUGAUAGCUGUCAUUGCAGGACCUGCUUCGCUGUUCCUCCACUACAGCGACACGACGCAACGCUUCUUGCGUCUCGCGUCAUAUUUAUGCCAGUUUCACGCCUCGACGAAGAGCUCCUUUGAUCGGAAUAACCGCGGAUUGCGCGGAUUGCGCAUCGCGUGGCGUCCGGUUUCAUCCUUUCAUGACGAAGACGUCUUCUUUCGAGGCGCCUCAAAAGUCGUUCUCGAGCCUCUAAGCUGUCGGAUUAACUUUCCGUCCCGUCAACUAUAAAGUCCCGACCGCGCCGCAAGAAUGUCGUGCCAAUCUGGGGCACAAGUAGAAUCGCCGCCGCCGCCGCCGCAGUUGGCGCCGCGACAGCCGCUACAGCCGCAACAACAGGAGCAACAGCACCAGCACCAUCGCAGCCGCCAAUCCGAGGAAUUCGACUCCGCAGUCGCGGCCGUCAUUUCGCGAAUCCAACUCGACAGGGCCCCCUCGUCGGUUUUCGAGUCCGCGCAGAAGCCGCCCCUGCCGGCGGCGGUGCGUGAAUCGGCGGAAUUCCCGCUGGGGGAAACGCAGCCGCCGCGAAACGCGGCGGCUCUCCAGGUCCAACUCGACUCCGGAAGUCCCUGGGAGAACCCGAGCGCGCAUUCCACGGCGGAUAAUAUGAUCCUGUCUCCGACAACCUCCUUCCGCCAGAGCCCCUUCAGCGCGCCGCUGGCGCGCCCUUCUAGCGCCGGGAGUUCCCGCGGGGGCAGUUCCCGCGCAAGCGGAAGAUUCCGCGCGACGGCGCUACUGGCAGAGCCCCGCGGCGGCGAUCCGUUCACGGGAGACGCGUCGCCGGUCGUCAGUAUCCCUCUCACUCACACGCACACGCAGAAGCAGCGGUGGCCGGAUAGUCACGGAGCGCAAACCCUAAGCGCGUGGCUCCAACGAACCAGCAGCUCAGGCUCGGGAUCUGGCUCGGAAGGGCACAAGUCAGCACAAGACCACUCGGCGCUGCAGCGCUGCGCUUCCGCGCCGCAUGAACGCGGCGCCGGCGGAAAUUCCGACGGCGCGCGUGGCGGCGGCGGCGUAGAGGCGGCGGCGGCGGCGCUACAGCCCGGUGGCGGGCUACAGCUGGAGACCGAAGAGGAGCGCUCGUUCAAGCGGCGGCUGCUGAACCGCGAGUACGCGAAGAGGUCGCGGCAGCGGCAGCACGAGCGGUUCGUGGAGCUCGAGGCGCAGGUGAAUUCCCUGGCGGCGGACAAACGCGCCUCGGACCAGCGGCUCCAGGAGAUGGAGCAGGCGCUGAUGAUCCUCCAGGCGGAAAACGCGCGGCUGCGGCAGAUAGCCGCGGGGCGCUACAGCCGCGACAUGGCGGAGAUCCUGCGCGCCAUACAACAGGCCGGGGGGCUUUCCUCCGCGGGGGGGCUUUCCGCUAUAGGGCUUCCGCCGCAAACAGGCGGCGCGCGCAUCUUUUCGGAGGCGCCGCGGGGCGCCGCGUCACCCGCAUCUGCCGGCGCCGCAGCAGCAGCGCGAGCAGCUCUAGGGCUAAACGCCUCGGCGCGGUUUGACGGGACGAGCGCGGAAGCCCUGGCGGAGAUCGAGACGGCUAUUGGGGGGAACGGGGGAAGGGGGGGAAACGCGCGCAGCGGUUCCACCUGGCAAUCUCGGGGGGACGUGAACAUGAUGGGGGGAUAUCAUGACGCUCCGCCUGCCACGCGCAGAGAGAGCGGGGCUUUCCCCCCUCCCCCGCCCUCGCAGGCUGCGCCAUCCGUUCAAGACUUGUUCGGGCAGAUCCCUCUUGCAACAAUGGGCGAUCGCCCCUCCAGAAAUUUCCAUGGGGGAGGAGAUGAGAGCGAAAUGAUGAUCUUUGCUGCCGCCGCUGCUUCCGCCGCCAAUACUGCUGCUCCUGCCACUGCCGCUCCUGCUGCUCCUGCUUCCAUGCCUGCUGAAAACCGCAGGAGUUUCGAGAGCUUUGCUAUUGGCGGCCAAGCUGGUUCAGGUGCCUUUUCAGGUGCUUUCUCCACUGCUCCCGACCCCAGCUUCGAUUCUGCAUACAGUGUGGAAAAUGGCGCUGGUUUUGCUGGUUUCGCUACUGGCGGCCAAGUCCCCGCAAUUUGGGGGGCCAAUGCCGCAGACUUCAGCUCUGCUGGGUUCGGCGCUGCAGGCUUUGGUGCUGCUGGCGAUGACGACACUGCCGCACUGCUUGCGGUGGCCGGACUUGUGGGAGGCAACGGCGGAGGGAGGGGGGGUGGAGAGAUGGGGCAAGCAGGGAGGGGGGUGGAGGAAGUGGGAGGGUCGGGCCGUGGAGGGGUGGGGCAGGGGAGUGGGGGGGAGUGGAGGGAGCAUGAGGAGGAUACGCUUUUUGCCAUGAUCCACCACCUGCACAGGCAGCUGUGAGGCGCGAGAUUUAAGACAGAAUAAAGAAGCAAGUCAUGAUCCAUCGUCGGCAUGUGCAGCCAAGGUUCUCAUGGCUCAGAGGUUCCAGUCGCAGCCAAGCCUGGCAGCAUAUCCAUCAAACCAUCACCAACCUCAGUUUGAGUCCAAGGCUCCAAUCACUCUGCCUUGUGGCGGAUAUCCAUCACCCUCGGGCCUUAGCUCGUUUUCAAGGCUCCAAACGCUCAGCCUUGGGGUGCAUUUUCAUUCUUUUGUUUUUCAGACUGCCAUGGCUCUUCCUCGGAUUCUCGACGCUUGCAAGCUGCAUCCAAGGGAUGCGAACAGCCGGUGCAGCCACCAGUAUGGGAUUAGAAGAGCCUGACGCAUUCUUGACCGAACCAUCAUUCAAUUUGUUUAUUCUUUCAAUUGUUCAUUCUUUCACAAUUAAAUGUUUGCUCCCUC